GGUCACCUGGGGGUACUGUCGAAAUGCAAGGAUGAACAGAGCUAGAGGUUGCCACACCCAGGGAACCCAGGAACUCACUUCACAAGCUCUGAGGCUCGGAGGAGGCCCCUCCUCUUCCUGCUCCAACCAUCCGGGCCAAGAGGCCUCCCAAUCAGACCUGGACGGCUCCAGCUGUGUCCUGAGGCGCUGGACCAGCCACAUCCCCUGGGGCUGGAGUUGAAGCAGAACCAAGUGGCCAUCCCGGCGUUAGGCCAUAGGUUCCUGGCUCCUGGAGCGGUCAGAGCCAGCCAGUGGGCAGCAGCUUUUGCUCACAGGCCCCAGUGCCCAGGGCGCUGGCUCUCCGCAGGGCGGAAUGGCGCUGCAAGUGGAGCUGGUACCCACCGGGGAGAUCAUCCGCGUGGUUCAUCCCCACAGGCCCUGCAAGCUUGCCCUGGGCAGUGACGGGGUUCGGGUGACCAUGGAGAGUGCGCUGACUGCCCGUGACCGGGUGGGGGUGCAGGAUUUCGUGCUGCUGGAGAACUUCACCAGCGAGGCCGCCUUUAUCGAGAACCUGCGGCGGCGGUUUCGGGAGAACCUCAUCUAUACCUACAUUGGCCCCGUCCUGGUCUCUGUCAACCCCUACCGGGACCUGCAGAUCUACAGCCGGCAGCACAUGGAGCGUUACCGUGGCGUCAGCUUCUAUGAAGUGCCCCCUCAUCUGUUUGCCGUGGCCGACACUGUAUACCGAGCACUGCGUACAGAGCGUCGGGACCAGGCAGUGAUGAUCUCUGGGGAGAGUGGGGCAGGCAAGACCGAGGCCACCAAGAGGCUGCUACAGUUCUAUGCAGAGACCUGCCCAGCCCCCGAGCGCGGAGGUGCUGUGCGAGACCGGCUGCUGCAGAGCAACCCAGUGCUGGAGGCCUUUGGAAAUGCCAAGACCCUCCGAAACGAUAACUCCAGCAGGUUCGGGAAGUACAUGGAUGUGCAGUUUGACUUCAAGGGUGCCCCCGUGGGUGGCCAUAUCCUCAGUUACCUCCUGGAAAAGUCACGAGUGGUGCACCAGAAUCACGGGGAGCGGAACUUCCACGUCUUCUACCAGCUGCUGGAGGGGGGUGAGGAGGAGACUCUUCGCAGGCUGGGCUUGGAACGGAACCCCCAGAGCUACCUGUACCUGGUGAAGGGCCAGUGUGCCAAAGUCUCCUCCAUCAACGACAAGAGUGACUGGAAGGUGGUCAGGAAGGCUCUGACAGUCAUCGAUUUCACUGAGGAUGAAGUGGAGGACCUGCUGAGCAUCGUGGCCAGCGUCCUGCAUUUGGGUAACAUCCACUUUGCUGCCGACGAGGAGAGCAAUGCCCAGGUCACCACCGAGAACCAACUGAAGUAUCUGACCAGACUCCUCAGCGUGGAAGGCUCGACGCUGCGAGAAGCCCUGACACACAGGAAGAUCAUCGCCAAGGGGGAGGAGCUCCUGAGCCCGCUGAACCUGGAGCAGGCCGCCUAUGCGCGAGACGCUCUCGCCAAGGCUGUGUACAGCCGCACUUUUACCUGGCUCGUGGGGAAGAUCAACAGGUCGCUGGCCUCCAAGGAUGCGGAGAGCCCCAGCUGGCGGAGUACCACGGUUCUCGGGCUCCUGGAUAUUUAUGGCUUCGAAGUGUUUCAGCAUAACAGCUUUGAGCAGUUCUGCAUCAAUUACUGCAACGAGAAGCUGCAGCAGCUCUUCAUCGAGCUCACGCUCAAGUCGGAGCAGGAGGAGUACGAGGCAGAGGGCAUCGCGUGGGAGCCCGUCCAGUAUUUCAACAACAAGAUCAUCUGUGAUCUGGUGGAGGAGAAGUUUAAGGGCAUCAUCUCGAUUUUGGAUGAGGAGUGUCUGCGCCCUGGGGAGGCCACGGACCUGACCUUCCUAGAGAAACUGGAGGACACAGUCAAGCACCAUCCACACUUCCUGACGCACAAGCUGGCUGACCAGCGGACCCGGAAAUCUCUGGGCCGAGGGGAAUUCCGCCUUCUGCACUACGCUGGGGAGGUGACUUACAGCGUGACAGGGUUUCUGGACAAAAACAAUGACCUUCUCUUCCGGAACCUUAAGGAGACCAUGUGUAGCUCGAAGAAUCCCAUUAUGAGCCAGUGCUUCGACCGGAGCGAGCUCAGUGACAAGAAGCGGCCAGAGACGGUCGCCACCCAGUUCAAGAUGAGCCUCCUGCAGCUGGUGGAGAUCCUGCAGUCCAAGGAGCCCGCCUACGUCCGCUGCAUCAAGCCUAAUGAUGCCAAACAGCCCGGCCGCUUUGAUGAGGUGCUGAUCCGGCACCAGGUGAAGUACCUGGGGCUGAUGGAGAACUUGCGCGUGCGCAGAGCCGGCUUUGCCUAUCGCCGCAAAUACGAAGCUUUCCUGCAAAGGUACAAGUCACUGUGCCCAGAGACGUGGCCCACGUGGGCAGGACGGCCGCAGGAUGGGGUGGCUGUGCUGGUCCGGCACCUGGGCUACAAGCCAGAAGAGUACAAGAUGGGCAGGACCAAGAUCUUCAUCCGCUUCCCCAAGACCCUGUUUGCCACAGAGGAUGCCCUGGAGGUCCGGCGGCAGAGCCUAGCCACCAAGAUCCAAGCUGCCUGGAGGGGCUUUCACUGGCGGCAGAAAUUCCUCCGGGUGAAGCGAUCAGCUAUCUGCAUCCAGUCGUGGUGGCGUGGAACGCUGGGCCGGAGGAAGGCAACCAAGAGGAAGUGGGCAGCGCAGACCAUCCGGCGGCUCAUCCGAGGCUUCAUCCUGCGCCACGCGCCCCGUUGCCCCGAGAACGCCUUCUUCCUGGACCACGUGCGCACCUCUUUUUUGCUAAACCUGCGGCGGCAGCUGCCCCGGAAUGUCCUGGACACCUCCUGGCCCACACCCCCACCUGCCCUGCGUGAGGCCUCAGAGCUUCUGCGGGAGCUGUGCAUAAAGAACAUGGUGUGGAAAUACUGCCGGAGCAUCAGCCCUGAGUGGAAGCAGCAGGUACGGAGAGUGGUGCUGGGUGAGGAUGAGGAAGUGGAGUCAGGGAACCGCAGGCAUUCCUCAGAGAGUGUUGGCCUAGAGGGGCAUUUACCCUGGUCUACCGUAUUUACCCCGCCUACUGUAUUUACCCUGGUCUAUUCUAUUUACCCCAGUCUACCGUAUUUACCCCGGUCUACUCUACCUCGUGUAUCGUAUUUACCCCUGUCUACCGUAUUUACCCUGCCUUCCUUAUUUAUCUCGGGUUAUCGUAUUUACUCUGCCUACCGUAUUAUCUCGGCCUACCGUAUUUACCGCGUCUGUCGUAUUUACUUUGAUCUACCGUAUUUAUCCUGCCUACCGUAUUUACCCUCGUCUACCGUAUUUACUUCAGCCUACCGUAUUUACCCCGUAUUUACCUCGUCUAUGGUAUUUAUCUCGUCUAUCGUAUUUACCCCGUCUAUCGUAUUUACCCCUGUCUACCGUAUUUACCCCGUCUAUCGUAUUUACCUUGUCUAUCAUAUUUACCCCGUCUAUCGUAUUUACCUCGGUUUACCAUAUUUACCCCGCCUACCGUAUUUACCCGUCUGCCGUAUUUACCCCUGUCUGCCGUACUUACGACUGUCUGCCAUAUUUACCUCUGUGUGCCGUAUUUACCCCUGUCUGCCGUAUUUACGCCUGUCUGCCGUAUUUACGCCUGUCUGCCGUAUUUACGCCUGUCUGCUGUAUUUACCCCUGUCUGCUGUAUUUACCCCUGUCUGCUGUAUUUACCCCUGUCUGCUGUAUUUACCCCUGUCUGCUGUCGUUUCUUCGGUCUACUGUAUUUACCCCGGUCUACUGGCGACCUCAGUUGGAUGCCAGGCCCUGCUGGGCCUUGUGUAGGAAGUGGACGCUGGAGUACAUUUGGGGUGGCCAAUAGGGUUCACCUUGUGGGCCAACUGCCCUUGAUUGGUAGAGACUGCUCAGAACCCUGUGUUGAAAAGUCUGCAUCUUCACUUGGAUGGAUUGGUGAUGUUUGCCCUCAUUACAGGCAUUGGUUGAUGUGCCGUGUUUUUGCCAACUCAGUACUGGAUGAUUCUAAAACACCCACCCAGCAUAGAUAACCUCUAGUAACCUUGAGUAUUAGUGAUCUGCUACUUAGAAGACCCCAAGCUGGAGCUGAGUCUCAGGGCCACCAGGGCCUGAUGGGGUGGGGAAACAUUACAAAGGCUAGUUUCUUUUUUUUUUUUUUUU